CAAGAACGCCUUUGACGAUCCCCCAAAUUUAUAUAACCCACUGCACUUGCGAUUUGGAUUUCAAAUUUCUCCCUCAAGCUUUCUUCCUAUAAAUUGAGAACCAACCAACUCUCUUCUUCUCCUUGUACGAGGAACACCCACGAAAUAAAUUCUUCUGCAUUUUUCCUUUCUCCUCUUCCUCCUCCUCCUCCUAAAUCAACCAGUGAGCAAGCAAAACGACCAUCCUACUCUGCGGUUCUUUCCAUCUUUGUCUUCAUACGACGAUAAAAGAUGAGCUUAACGAGAGAAUAUUAAAAGAGAUCUUCUUGUUCUGAUUCCUCCUCUGUUUAUAUUUCUUAAACCAGACGGCGGAACAAUGAGAACAAAACAGCGAAGCAUCUCAAAGUCUUCUUGGCCUAAAAUAGUCGUGAGAAAAUGGUUAAAUAUCCGGAGCGGAACCGAUGAAUAUCAUUCCGAUUAUGGAACCCGAGGCAGAACCGAGAGGAGGAGGAGCUGUUCGGACCAGGAUUACUACGUCGUUGUACCAGACGAUUUUUCAGAAGGUUGGUUGAUGGAAGCUACUAAUGGGGUUAAGCAGUCGGCAAUAAUGCCGGAGGUGGAAGCUGUCACCGAUUCUCUCAACCUCAGGAUGUUCGUGGGAACAUGGAAUGUAGGAGGAAAGUCACCCCAUGAAGGUUUGAACCUAAAGGAUUGGCUAAGGUCCCCUGCUCCUGCUGACAUUUACGUUCUCGGGUUCCAGGAAAUUGUCCCUCUAAAUGCUGGGAAUGUACUAGGAGCAGAGGACAUUGGUCCAGCUGCCAAAUGGCUGUCCCUGAUUCGUCAAGCUUUGAACAGUGAUACCAAGGAAGUGGAUUUAUCAAAACCCAGACUCAGCUUCUCUGACUUGCUUUCCCUAGAGGAUGAACUCGGCAAACAAGAGUUUGAAAGAUUGAUAACAAUGAAUUCAAGUCAAGAGUCUCACAGAUUCUGCCUUGCAGCCAGUAAGCAGAUGGUGGGCAUUUUCUUGUGUGUCUGGGUUAGAGAUGACCUAUAUAAACACAUCCGUAAUAUAAAAGUCUCUUGCGUAGGCCGUGGCCUUAUGGGAUACCUUGGGAACAAGGGUUCUAUAUCAGUCAGCAUGACUUUACACCACACAAGUUUCUGUUUUGUUUGCACUCAUUUGACUUCUGGUGAGAAAGAAGGUGAUGAGCUGAGAAGAAACUCAGAUGUUUCUGAAAUUUUGAAGAGAACAAGAUUUUCUUACCCAUCUACACGUUCAGGACCUCAAACCAUUUUGAGUCAUGACAAGAUAGUCUGGCUCGGCGAUUUAAAUUAUAGGCUUGCUGCUUGCCGGAGUGACAUGCAUGAGUUGUUAAUGAGAAAUGAUUGGGACGCUCUUCUGGAGAAGGAUCAAUUAAGGAUAGAGCAGAGAGCUGGUAGGGUGUUUAAAGGGUGGGAAGAAGGGAGGAUAUAUUUUGCACCAACUUACAAAUACCUCACGGAUUCUGAUUAUUAUGUCGUACAAACCUCUAAAUCCAAAGAAAAGCGGCGUACUCCUGCCUGGUGUGAUAGAAUACUGUGGAAAGGAGAAGGGCUGAAACAAAUGUGGUAUGUGAGAGGAGAAUCCAGAUUCUCAGACCACAGGCCAGUCUAUUCCUUAUUCUCAGUCCAAGUCAAUUUAGCCACCACCAAAUCCUGUCCAAGAAUUUCAACAAAUGCUGCCUUGUCUUCGACUUGCAUGUCCAAGGUCCAAGCUGAAGAACUGCUAUUGACUGCUUGAGCUGCAGAAUGCAGAAUCUGCGUAUGGAACAUUAUAAAUUGCAAGUCAUACUGUCAGCAAACCAAGCUUGCUGUGUCCUAAAACAUACUUGCAAGGACAGAAGAAAAGUAACCAAGGAGCAGUGAAGUUGCUGCUGGCCUAUAGCAUAUACUCGGAAAAACGAAAUAAGAUAGACUUCCCCUCUGCCAAAACCCAAGUGUCCCCCUGCAAUUUUUUAACCGAGGGACAGCGUGCAGAGAGGAUUAUGGUGUUAAUAACUAAAAGUCAUGAAACUGGUUUUCGUUUUAAAUGAAAACAGUGUGGUGGCUGUGGUGCGCUUGUGGUUGUCGUAUGCCUGCUCUUGACACCGGAAUGAUCGAUGGGUUACUGUAAAUAUGCUAAUAUGGUGAGAUGGUAGUGGUGGAGCGCAA